UUGUUGACAACACACUCUCCACGCUUAUCAACUCAGUUCGUCAAUAUACAAAACCCUUACCUUUUACAACUUGUUUGCUAUUCUGUAUUAUAUUUCUAUUCAUCAGCGACAUGCUGCGCCUGGUGUAUAUUUACUACGGAACCCUGCUGCCUGGAUGGAGCACCUUGCGGGCUGUUGGACAAGGCCAAAGGCACUUCAUCGUACUCUGGCUGAAGUACUGGGUAAUCUUUGCACUGCUGCAGGCACUUGGAGUCCUUACGGACUUCCUGCUCGGUGGGCUGUCCUUCUACGCUGGUCUCAAGCUCAUCCUGUCCAUGGGCAUCUGGUUCAGUGCCCCAUACAGCACCAAUCACCUAUAUAAUUUGCUGGAUAAGCACGCUAUGGGAAUAUUCGGACCACUUGUCGAGGAAGGCUUUCGCUGGCAUGAAGAAGUCAAGAGAAACAUUUUUCGCAACUUUCUGCAAACAACACUGGGGGCAGUGAUAAUGCCAAAGGACGUGGAUGAGCAGGCUAGCGAGCCGCAGAUCAACAACCACCUCUUGAAAAAAGAACUGUCGAAUCUCAUGGCGCAGAUUGGAACGGAUAAGGCCGACCAUCGCCGUCAGCAUGAGCGCUCUAUGAGGCGAUAUUCCCCUCAGUAUUUACAAGCAGCUGAGUUGAGCCAAAGAUCGGGGGACCAGCUGAAGGGCGGGUAUAAGCCAUCUUCAGCCGUGGCAGGUCAUCCUAAGUAGCAAUAUUUUGGUUUUGCUGCCCUUUCAAGACGUUACUGAAUAAAUGCCGAUAAUACAAAAUCGGAUAAUCCAAAAUCUUGGCGUUGAAUCACUCAUGGGGAGUUUACAGAAGCAGCUGCCACUGCGUCGCGACUCGCCAUUAAUCUUCAAUUAGAAAAGUUCAAUGCCAGCGGACGGGCAUGUUAAUUGAUUCAUGGAUCGGCGCCAGGAAUCGAUGAUCCAACGAUCAGCAGCGAUUUGUUGGCCAUUGGCCCACAUUGUUAUUACAAAUUGGCGAACAAAACUGCGGCCGAUAAAAUGUUGAACGCAAAGCAGAACACUUGCACGGACCUUUGACGGCGGCGAAGCAGCUGAUUAAUUGAGAACGGCAAAGGGCAGGCAGGCGAAAACAAAAGACUGAAGCAACGAACUUGUUGCAACGGUCGCGACGCGUGUUGCGGUGUUUUUGGGGAAUGCUGCUGGUGCUGGCAACAAUCUUAAUGCAAUUAGCACACUAUUAAUCUUGAUCAAAAUCCGAAACUCAGCAAAUUCGCAAUAACAACCGCAAUGUAAGUGACGCAUUCGUCACCGCAUUGUAAAGCAAUUUGUUUUAAUUUCGCUUAUCGAUGAUUUUCGUGGAUCCGAUUUGGCAAACAAAUUCUCGAUGAGGGUCGAAACAAAU